AUGUUCGAAGACUUCUCCUUCUCGUCGCCCUCCUCGCGGCCGGCUCGUCUAGCAAUCGAUGCAGAAGAACGGCUCAUGGUCGACUGUGAUAGCUCGCUGAUCUCGCCAAUGUCGUCGCGUUGCCCAUCGCCCUCAGACCGGUUCCGCACACUCUCUCGCUCGAGAUCCUCCUUCUUUCGCUCGCAGCAGCAGCCUCCUCCGACCUCAGUGCCCUUUCCUUACGAACAGAAACGUCUUUCUAUUUCAACCCUCACGCAGAAACUGCAUGAACAUACCCUCCAGGGCCCGAAAGGCGAGCGACUCCCUGAACAGGGGCGCCUAGCGCACGACGGAAGCCGAGUGCGUAAUCGCUACUCUGGAUAUAUCCUUACACCACCAGACACAGACCACGACGAGGAUGGACAUUACGACUCCUCGCCGUCCUUGGGCUCAAACUCAAGCCCGACGUCUAUCCCAUACGACUUCCCCUCUCUAGACAGCACGGAGAUUUCGAACUUCAACCCCAAGCAGCCGGACCAUCGAACUAUCCGGUUGCAAAGGCAACAAAUAUCGCAAUUGCAAUGUGACGAGGGUGAAAUUGAGGCCAUUCGUCGAACGGUCAUGUCCGAGGAACCCUACGGGCCUGGACCAGACGUCCCGGUCGAAGACGAUUGCCACCCCAGUUCCCUGCCGCCGCGGUUAUCGCCACGCCGAAGAGCACUCACGUUGCACCGCAGCCGGUUCGGGCCUGAUUCCUACGCAUCCGAGGCCCGUGGGCGGAGGAAGAGUGCCACCGGGCCAGCGCAGUCUCGCCGGGUAGGGAAGAGCCAUUAUCCUUCUCAUACCACCCGAGAAUCCUCCAAACGGGGUGAGCAGGGACUCCGCCGCAAGAGCAUGGUCAGUGCGGCGCUGGCAUCUGUUGUGGAGCGGUCUUAA